GGCUAGAGAGUGGGAGCGCGCAGACCUGCCCUCCCGUCGCCAUUUUUCGCUCUCGCAUAGUCUCACUCGAGCGGCUUGCGAGAGGGGGGCUGCUGCGCAGAGAACCGUGGAAAGUAUAAAACACAGCCCUGCGCGAACUGGAAAUACAUACAAAGCGGUGACUGGAGUGCGCGCGAACCCUGCGCUCGUUUUGUAACCCUCCCAGGUCGCACGCAUGUGCCGGCGGGUCACUGUUAUUAACGCAUUUGAUGUGAAGACGUGUUCCAGGCCGCCAUUUUUGACUGCUACCGCUUCCAAAAGUCUUCUCCGACUCAAGACGGGGACCUCUGAGACGCUUCCGUGACUCGUGUUUUACACUCUGAUCGACCAGCGACUGUAACUGUGUCCGACCUGUGGCCGUCCGCAUUAUGGCGCCGUUAUGAGGACCCGGUUUGAUGCCACUGUAGGUUCACCUUUUCUGUUCUCAGGCGUGACCGGGGCGGCAGAGGAGUAGUUUUAACAGAACUGCUCACUUUGUCGGAAGAAGGAACGAAAAGGGGAACCGUCGUUUUGAAUCAUUUGCUGCUCUGAACCGCACUGGAUGUGGGUCUUUCGUCCAAGUGUCGGCCGCUCGCACCGCCCGUCGCCAUUGCCUCAAGACAAGGGAGACACAUUAUGUCCCAAAGUUUGAGCCAGCUAGUCGCAGCCUGACCCUGAACGUCGGGUCCUGGUCCGGUGGAGGUCUCCGGAUCCUGCACCUUCUUGGUAGAAAACCUUUCGAGAACGUCAGCGCCGACCGCCCUGCCCUGGAUCUCAAGAUCCGGUAGAUCGCUCUGUUCCUCCAGCCCGGCGGCUUCCCGAGGCUUUUAAUUUAUUGUGUAGCUGUUAGUCUACUUGUCAUUUCUAUUUUAGUUUGUUUAUUUAUUUUCGAGCAGAGAGAAUCAUGUCCGCGGCACGGUUCGACUCGUCCGAUCGGUCCGCCUGGUAUUUCGGACCGGUGUCUCGACAGGAGGCUCAGAACAGAUUGCAGGGACAGAGACAUGGUAUGUUCCUGGUGAGGGAUUCGUCGACCUGCCCGGGUGACUACGUGCUGUCAGUAUCUGAGAAUUCAAAAGUGUCCCACUAUAUUAUAAACUCUUUGACGAGCAAGAGGUUUAAGAUAGGGGACCAGGAGUUCGAGCACCUCGCCGCCCUUCUGGAGUUCUAUAAGAUCCACUACCUGGACACCACCACGUUGAUAGAGCCAGCAUCGAGGUACGCCAGCCCUGUCUCAGGCCCGGUACAGCCCAUGGGCCCCCCCGACGACAACCUUGAGUACGUGCGGGCGCUGUACGACUUCCUGGGUCAUGACGCCGAGGACCUGCCCUUCAAGAAAGGCGAGCUGCUGAUCAUCCUGGAGAAGCCGGAGGAGCAGUGGUGGAGCGCCAAGAGCAAGGAGGGCCGCGUGGGCAUGAUCCCCGUGCCCUACGUGGAGAAGUUCGCCCGCCAGGCCCCGCACCCCGGCCAGCCGCCGCACGGCUCCCGCAACUCCAACAGCUACGGCAUCCCCGAGCCCUCGCACGCCCACGCCUACGCCCAGCCCCAGACCCCGACCCCGCUGCCCCCCGGGGCCCCGGCCGCCCUGAUCUCCCCGGGGCCAUCCCUGGCCAACGGGCCCGUCAUGGCUAAGGCCAUCCAGAGGAGAGUCCCCUGUGCCUAUGACAAGACGGCCCUGGCUCUAGAGGUGGGGGACAUCGUCAAGGUGAUGCGGAUGAACAUCAGCGGCCAAUGGGAGGGUGAGGUGAAUGGGAGGCGAGGCUUGUUUCCCUUCACCCACGUCAAAAUAAUGGACCCCCAGAAUCCAGACGAGAGUGACUGAGCCAACGGCGCCGCGUGUGAAACACCCCCAAUCUAGCUGGCUGUCUAUCCCCGCCCCACAGUGUCCCUACGACUACGCGCUUGCCUGCUUAGGGCUACACACUGAGAGCACCCCCUCUAUUGUCACGCCUGUGCAACCUGCGAGGCUUCUGACUGUUUACAGCUCUGGACUACUAUCUGGAUCCCCCCCUCCCCUUCCCAGUGCGCCCACAUGUUCCCAGUGCCCCUUCUUCUUCCCAGUGCCCCUUCCUCCCCUUCCCAGUGCCCCCUCCUCCCCUUCCCAGUGCCCCUCAUCUUCCCUGUGGCCCCUCCUCCCCUUCCCAGUGCCCCCACCUCUUCCCAGUACCGCUCCUAGGGCUGGGCGAUAUGGACCAACAGUCACAUCUCGAUAUCUUCAAGCAAAAUAUCGAUAUAAGAUAAAUAUCGAUAUUUGUUGACGCAAUAACAUAGUUGCUGUUGCCGUGCUCAAACUCUUCAUUCUACAUUGGUGGCGCCGCUGUGCUCUCAUUUCCAGCCUGCCUGCGUGGCUGUGCUCGUUAACCUGCCUUGCUGAUGGGGGCGUGGGGGGAGUUACGUGGAGCUACUGUUAUUACUAUAGCCUACCUACCUACCUACCGUUUGGAUUUACCUUCACUAUUCCUACCGUUCGGAAUUGAAUACAGUUUGAACGUUGAAACUGUGGACCAGACACUGCCCAACAUUACAAUAUAAUAUAAUAUCACGGCCAAAAGCUGUAUGCGCCUACGGAAUAUUAUGAAUCUUAUUAGCCUACAUAUUAAUAAUAAUUAUAUUAUUAAUAUAUCUCCCGAACGAGAACCCGACGUUCGGGUUCUCCUACGUCUCUGGUUCUUCCACUUCCUCAUCAAUCUGAAGCACAGAAUUGAAUCGUGACAUGGUGUCCGCAAUCAUUUUGGGACAAUUUCUGUACGGCCUUUAUCUGAAUAAAAAGUUAUUAAUGUCGCGACAGCUUAAGAUUUUGGGUCGCUUUUUGAGCACGUUGUGCUGCUGCAAGUGUUGGAAGAGGUUGGUCGUACUCGACCCUUUGGUUGCGACAGAUUUGACGCACUCU